AUGACACACGCACACCACCACGUCAACUAUCGUGAGGUUUUAGUGACCUCUUUAGCACAUAGCACAACAUCACUUCCCACGAUUGCGAGUGAUCACGAGCUCAACUCAAUCCUUCUCACCGCAGCCUGUCUCUCUGACAGAUCGCAAUGCCAAUACGUAUGCCGUGCGGGCGCUCAUUCAUUCGAUCGUGAGAUUCGCACCCUUAUCCCUUACCCAACUCUAACAGUGUAA